AACGGGGCAGGAGCCGGGACCGGGAUUGGGAACGGGGCAGGAGCCGGGACCGGGAAUUUGGGAUCCGAGAGGGCGGCUGCUGUAGGGUCCAGGCAAGUGCUGGCGUUUCCAGGCCCGGUGCUGCUCCUCUGCGGUCCCUCUCUCGCGUCGCUUCCGGGGUACGCGCAGGCCCAGGUUUUACGUUAACAAUAAGGAGGAAAAACCAAAAUGGCCUCAGGUGUCGUAGCGAAUGCCCCUCCUGCAGGAGGGGCAACUGAUGUGAGCCUGGAGGAACCAAAGAAGAUGACGAGGGAAGAUUGGAGAAAAAAGAAAGAAUUAGAAGAACAGAGAAAACUAGGAAAUGCWCCUGCUGAAGUGGAUGAAGAGGGAAAAGAUAUCAACCCUCACAUUCCUCAGUACAUCUCCUCAGUACCAUGGUACAUAGAUCCUUCCAAAAGACCCACACURAAGCAUCAGAGACCUCAGCCAGAGAAGCAGAAACAGUAUAACUCCUCUGGAGAUUGGUACAAACGAGGAGUUCAGGAGCACGCUGUGGCCACAAGGUACCGCAAAGGAGCCUGUGAGAACUGCGGGGCACUGACACACAAGAAGAAGGACUGCAUGGAGAGACCCAGGAAAGUUGGAGCCAAAUACACAGGCAUGAAUAUUGCCCCAGAUGAACAUGUGCAGCCUCAGCUGAUGUUUGAUUACGAUGGGAAGCGAGACCGGUGGAAUGGUUAUAACCCAGAGGAGCACAUGAAAAUUGUUGAGGAGUACUCCAARGUUGAUUUGGCCAAACGUACACUAAAAGCCCAGAAGCUCCAGGAGGAGUUGGCAUCAGGGAAGCUGGAGCAAGUGAACUCCCCAAGACACCAGUGGGGAGAAGAGGAACCAAAUUCACAGACAGAAAGAGAUCAUAACAGCGAAGAUGAAGAUGAAGAUAAAUAUGCAGAUGACAUUGAUAUGCCUGGGCAGAACUUUGACUCUAAAAGACGCAUCACAGUCCGAAAUUUACGUAUUCGGGAAGAUAUUGCAAAGUACUUGAGGAAUCUAGAUCCAAACUCUGCUUAUUAUGAUCCCAAAACAAGAGCAAUGAGGGAGAACCCUUAUGCCAAYACAGGCAAGAAUCCAGAUGAAGUUGGCUAUGCUGGUGACAACUUCGUUCGCUACACAGGAGAUACCAUUUCAAUGGCACAGACUCAGUUGUUUGCCUGGGAGGCUUAUGACAAAGGCUCUGAAGUUCAUCUUCAAGCAGACCCUACAAAAUUAGAACUGCUUUAUAAAUCCUUCAAAGUGAAAAAAGAAGAUUUCAAGGCACAGCAGAAAGAAAGCAUCCUAGAGAAGUACGGAGGACAAGAACAUCUAGAUGCUCCCCCAGCUGAACUGCUGUUAGCUCAAACAGAAGAUUAUGUGGAGUAUUCUAGGCAUGGAACAGUCAUCAAAGGACAAGAGAAAGCUAUUGCUUGUUCUAAGUAUGAAGAGGAYGUGAAGAUCAACAACCAUACAUGCAUUUGGGGUUCAUAUUGGAAAGAAGGCAAGUGGGGUUACAAGUGCUGCCACUCAUUUGUCAAAUACUCCUACUGUACAGGAGAAGCUGGGAAAGAAAUUGCUAAUACAGAAGCAAGUUUAAUGGAAGAGCAGCCUGGGGAGGAAGAACACAUGGCAAAACCCAAAACACUGAUGGAGAUCCACCAAGAGAAACAGAAAGAGAAGAAAAAGAAGAAGCACAAGAAGAACUCAAAUUCAGACAGUGAGGGUGAAGAGAAAAAGAAGCAAGAAAAACUCAAAAAGGCACUAAACGCAGAGGAGGCUCGACUUCUCCAUGUCAAAGAAAUCAUGCAGUUAGAUGAGAGGAAGAGGCCCUACAACAGCCAGUAUGAAGCCAGGGAGCCAACAGAAGAGGAGAUGGAGGCCUACAGAAUGAAACGGCAGAGACCUGAUGACCCCAUGGCCUCUUUCCUUGGACAAUAGUCACAGGGAGCAUCAUUCCAGUACACAAAGCUUUUUCACACUUGUUUGCAGCUCUCUAGACACAUGAUUCCCUUGCAUGUGUCUAAAGUGCCAGGAAUGGCAGAAAACUUUUUUUUGUCUCGGAGAACUUUGUGAAAGCUUCUUUUGGCAGACAUGACAGUCCAGGACUUUGAGCAGUUUUGUAAAUGUGUGUGUACGUAUACAAAUAAAGACAUGUAUACACACACAUAGAUUCAAUAUGUACAGAUAAAAUACAUACACCUAGUCAAUAAAUUUUUGAAGGAGAAAAGAUCUGAGUGAAAUUUUAAGUUUAUUUGGCCAACACAUGUAUGCAUAAAGUUCUGAUACAGUAAAACUGACUACUCAAAAUAAAUGGUCAGCAGGUGUCAAUAUAGAACAGAAAUUGUUGACAGAAAAAUUGAUACAACUGCUAGAACUUUUUAUUUGUAAAGGUAUUUUCCUGUCUCAUUACUUUAAAAGAAUACAUAGUUUCUUGAUCACUCUGURGUAAGUAUUUUGGAAAUGUAAAAAUAGAUUGGUUUGUACAGUUCUGGUUAAAUUAAUAUAAAGAUCUUAAGUGCUGUCUAGCCUUGUAAAUGAAAGGGUUAGAGGAAGCUGACUGUAGAGCUUUUAAAUUCCAKUUGUUUCUGCACAUGUAUUUCCAUAUAAAUUUCAAUUGUAAAGAUCUGAAAUCUUUGUUUUUCUUUUGAUAACAGUAUCCUGUUCCAUGGUGUGAUACCAAGUGUCAGGCUCUAAUACCUUGUGAGAAUGUGAGACAUCAUCUGCUUUGGUUUUGGCUAUAUUAGUCCUUAAACUGGGAGUUUUUCCCCUUUUAACUAUUAAAAGUUGAAGAACUGGGUAGAAACCUGCACAGCAUUACUUUAGAGUUGGAUGGCUUUGGGAAUUACUUCUGUUGUAGCUUAAACUGGAAAAGCUGCUCUUUUCCACAAAUGAUUACAUAGAGAAAACACACCUUUAAGUGUCCUGUGUGUGAUUUCACAGCUGUUUUGAGGACAGUGUUUUGAUUUGGCACUUGCAGCUAAUGAUGGCAAUUCUGCAUUCGUCUGCAGUGUAGUUCUGUAUUAAUAUUAUAUGUGAUACCCUCAUCAGUGAUCAGAAUUUUAGGCUGUGUAUUUACUGAGUGACAGAUCCUCUGGCCCACAAUAAGUGCACAGUGUGAAUUGGCUGAUUUGAGCUGUGAACUGCUCUUGGGGCUGUAGCACCUGAGGUUGUGCCAGGAUGCCUCCCACUGCAACUGCUGUUGGCUUGGUCAGUGCCAAGUUCAGUCUGWGGGAAGAGGAGCUGUCAGAAGGGUUCCUUAGGCUAUUUACAUAACUUUCCAAAAGUUCCAGUUCUGCCUAAAAAAAAGUUUGAAAGACUUAAUUCAUUACAGAGAAGACAAUUCAGAACUAACACCGGAAAUAACACGAAGGAAAUUUCAAGACUGACUUUGUAAGCUGUGGAUUGACCGCACAAAACUUUAAUACAUCAAGUCUCUGCUGAAUUUAUGCAAAGUGAUCAUUCAGUGAUUUAAAUUCAGUCCUAAAUUUAGAAUGCUUAGAUUUCACCAAUGAGUCAAACCCAAGCACUUGGGACAAUASUUGAUCCUUGCCAGAUCUUUAAUCUGAGCUGUAAAGGAAGAGAGCUCCUGUUUUCAUAAAGGAUUGUCAAGUUAUUUUGUUAACCUUGAGAGGACAGUGUGUUAUCCUGAGACUUGUUCUCAAACAUCUGGAACAUUUAUYUGAUGAUUUUAAUAAAACUCAUGCAUACAUUUCCAGCUAAAAUACUCCAGUYAGAUGGAUAAACAUUUGUCAAAGUAAAGAGCAGGAAACGUGAGCUGAUGCUGAUGCACUGAGAACCUUUCAGGAAUACACAAACCUGUCUGGUUUUCAUCACAAAUAUGAAACGACAUCUCUCCUCUUUGGGAGUUUAUUUGUGGUGCAGCAUUCCAUGCAUGGAACUAUGCAAGAUUAUUUCUUGGAUCAUGAACUUUUAUGCACCUGUCCCUGUUACUAUGCAGGCUUCUUCAACAACAGGAAAGGACAAGGGUCAGAAUUCAAAAAUACCUUCUUGCUGUUCACCUGCCCAGGAGUAAUGACACACUGGACUGUCCACUGAACCUGUGUUUAAUAAAAUUUCAGUCCUGCUUUGAAAUAAAUGUUUCAUAUUAA